UUUCAGUGUGAAUUCACCUUCAGUUGUUGAGAAACGCACGCCAGUUCUUAUUUCUCUCAGUCAUCUCAAAAGUUAAUAGGAAAAAACAAACGACAAAAUGUCAUCCUCAAAACAAAAUGCUGAAAGCGAAUAUGAAAUCGCUUAUCGUUCUACUAUCCAACCGCGUACAGCGGUUCGUACUCAGAGCCGACAAUCUGGAAACUACAGCAGUGGUACAGUGGUCGGCGGAGGCGGCGGUCGAGUGUUAAAAAUGGUCACCGAAAUGGGCUCAGCAUCUAUUGGCGGUAUUAGUCCAGCACUUAGUGCGAAUGCCGCAAAAUCAUUUCUUGAAGCAACCGAUAAAGAAAAAAAGAAAUGCAAGGACUAAAUGACCGACUUGGGAAUUAUAUUGACCGGGUAAAAAAGCUCGAGGAACAAAAUAGGAAACUGGUUGCUGAUCUCGAAGAACUGCGUGGCCGAUGGGGAAAAGACACCAGUGAAAUCAAGAUACAGUAUUCUGACUCGUUACGUGAUGCUCGCAAAGAGAUUGAUGAUGGUGCGAGACGGAAGGCUGAAAUUGAUGUCAAAGUAGCGCGGCUUAGAGAUGACCUCGCGGAAAUUCGUAGUCGCUAUGAAGACGUACAGCAUCGCCGUGAGAAUGACCGCGAAAAGAUUAAUCAAUGGAAGCAUGCAAUUGAUGACGCCCAAAGUGAACUGGAAAUGCUCCGAGCUCGUUGGCGUCAGCUGACAGAUGAGGAGAAGCGGUUGAACGGAGAUAAUGCCCGCAUCUGGGAAGAACUUCAGAAAGCGCGCAAUGAUCUAGAUGAAGAAACCUUAGGACGAAUCGAUUUCCAAAAUCAAGUACAGACGCUAAUGGAAGAAUUAGAAUUCUUGAGACGUGUACAUGAGCAAGAAGUUAAAGAGCUUCAAGCUCUAUUAGCUCAAGCUCCAGCUGAUACUCGUGAGUUCUUCAAAAACGAGCUGGCUCUAGCUAUUCGCGAUAUCAAGGAUGAAUACGAUUACAUUGCCAAACAGGGAAAACAAGAUAUGGAAAGCUGGUAUAAACUGAAGGUGUCGGAGGUGCAAGGUACUGCAAAUCGUGCAAACAUUGAAGCAAAUUAUCAGCGAGAAGAGGUGAAACGAAUGCGCGAUAAUAUUGGCGAUCUUCGUGGUAAACUCGGUGACCUUGAAGCCAAAAAUGCGCUCCUUGAAAAAGAAGUGCAGAGCUUGAAUAACCAGCUCAAUGACGACCAGAGACAAUACGAAGCAGCUUUAAACGACCGCGAUGCAACUCUUCGUCGUAUGCGCGAAGAAUGCCAAACAUUGGUGGCUGAAUUGCAAGCACUGCUUGAUACCAAACAAAUGCUAGAUGCUGAAAUCGCAAUUUAUCGAAAGAUGCUCGAGGGCGAGGAAAGCCGCGUUGGCCUUCGUCAAAUGGUUGAACAAGUGGUGAAAACACAUUCAUUACAGCAGCAAGAAGAUACAGAUUCGACGCGUAGCGUACGCGGUGAAGUUUCUACUAAAACAACUUUCCAACGUUCAGCUAAAGGGAAUGUUACCAUUGCCGAAUGUGAUCCGAACGGAAAAUUCAUUAUGCUCGAGAAUAGUCAUAGAAGCAAGGACGAAAAUCUUGGUGAGCAUAAACUCCGAAGGAAGCUUGACAAUCGCCGAGAAAUUGUUUAUACUAUUCCACCGAAUACAGUUUUAAAGGCUGGACGUACAAUGAAGAUUUGGGCACGUGAUCAAGGAGGCUUGCAUAGUCCACCGGAAUCGUUGGUAUAUGAUGGCGAAAAUACUUGGGGUAUUGGUGCAAACGUUGUAACAACACUAAUCAACAAAGAUGGUGACGAACGCGCAACACAUACGCAGAAAACAAUACAGACGGGACAGUAAAAUUUCCCCUUCUUCCCUCGAAGAACGUUCAUCUUGCGAAUUUUCCAUAAUAUUUGGGGUAUUUUCAGCAUAGAAAUUAACAGUUGGGCAGAUUUGAGAAAUAUCCCGAAAUUCGUUGCAGAUUUUUGCAUAUAUUGUAUUUCGAUAACUUUCGUAGACUCAUUACAGUUUUAAAGUUUGCUGCUUUCUUGGCUGUGAAAAACUGCUUUUGGUGUUAAAACAUUUUGAUAUAUCUUAACGAUCUUUUACUUCAAAUCACUCUGUCCAAACGAUCGGUGAAAAUUCAGUAUAUUUAAGAAAUAAUUAUAGUCAGUUUAAAUAAAGCUGAGAUACUAUGACUUCUCAAUUCGUCGCUGUGUUCCAAACUUACGCUGUUAAAACGUAUCUUUAGUGGGAGUUUCACAUCAUAUUUUUAGAUCUAUUAACGAAAGGUUCAACUAUUCAAAAAAUCUUAUCACUACUCUUACGCUGCCAAUAACUUCAUUUUUUUUCCAUACUGCUAAUCAGCUUUGUAUUUUUUGUGCGCUUGUUUGCUGUCUUUGACUAUUAAACUGUGUUUCUUCUUUCGUUUUCAUAAUUCAUUCUUUCUUUGACAUCCAGUUUUCCCAAACUACGUAUUUUUAUAGAGGCAAAAAACAGUCCCUAAUCUCUUAUGGUGCGGUUUCCGAAUUUAUCUCCCGAAAGAUCGCACAGUCAUCUUAUUUCACCAUUUCACCGCGCUUAAGGAAGCUAAAGAAUGAAGAUAAAGUUAAUCGAAAUAUCUCUCUUACAUUAUAUCAGUCUCGACGCAUUUGCGAGACGACAAAUAUUUACCGGUUUCUGAUAUACCGGUAGAAUUGUAUACACCAUGUUGGCACUGAUAAUGAUAGAUUGUUCUCAUUUUAAUCAUCAGCUUUUUUAUUCUUCCCGAAAUUCACUCCGUUCUGCUCUCGUGAAUUUCUUCUCCACCAACUAAAUAAAUCUGCAAUUUUCCUUUUAAAAGCAUUCCCGUUUAUACAGAAGGACAAAUGUUUAUAUUUUUCGAUUUUAAUAAGUGAUGAAGUCCUAAAGUUUUUCAGAGUAAGCGCAACUGAAAUCAGUCCUCUGUCUUCUGAAGGCAAAAGUAAGUUUUCCGAUAUAAAGAUAACUUCAUUUUUGUCGAGUCUUCAGUUUGACUGACUUUAUUGAUCGGGAACAUCGUAUCGAUUUAUUCUCUUUGUUUUCUACCACUGUCCUGUAAAUGAU